CGCGCGGCACGACCCUCGUCCUCGCGAUGCCCGCCCCAACCCGCGCCGUCGCGCGCGCCGCGACGCGCGCGUCGUCGCUCUUCGCGCGACGCGCGCUCCUCGCGCUCGCGCUCUUUCUGGCGCUCGCCCCCGGGAGCGCGCACGCCGCGCGACCUUUCGCGCGGUCGUCGUUUGAAAAGAAAAACCGCGUCGCGUCGUCCUCGUCCUCCGCGAUGAGGGGCGCCUACGAGCGCUUCAUCGACGGCGUCGUCGCGCGCGUUGCGGACGCCGCGAACGCCGUCUCCGACGCCGCGACCGGCCGCCGCGGGCACAGAGGCGGAUGCCGAACGAAAGCGACGUGGUCAUCCUCCUCCUCCUCCUCCAAAUCCUCCUCCGGCCCGCGCGUUCGAUCCCCGCGCCCGCACCACGAGAUGGACGUCCGCGACCUCGCCGUGAACGUCUUCUGGGGCGACGUGAACGGCGUCAAUUACCUCACGGAGACGCGCAACCAGCACAUCCCGAAGUACUGCGGCUCGUGCUGGGCGUUCGGGACGACGUCGAGCCUGUCGGACCGGCUGAAGAUUCAGGCGCGUUCUAUCUCACGCUGGUCCCCGUACGAUCGCGUCGGCGCGGUGAACGCCGAUCCUUAA